GAGGUCUUCGUUUAGUUUCCUCAACCAAACACUCAACUGAUAUUGUGUGAUAAAAAACCUCUGUAAGUCAGCCGGUGGAAGAGAGGGGCUGUUUAUUCAGACUGAAGAAAUACCGACACACGAACCCGGCGGCCCUCGUCGUUUUAAACAAACCUGGUCGCUGCUGCAUUAAAAAAAACUCGGCUUUUGUGGCGAAGAAGACGGCGAGAAUUCCUGCUGGUAAAACCCCAACCGAAAGGCUGCUUUUCUAUUUUUGCUGUGGCUGUUCGAAAGGCGGGGAAUACAAAGCGACGUGUGGCACAAAACCCAUUACAUUUUGGAUUCGCCGAGGCAAAAACGGGAUUACUACGAAGCCAGUUCGUGCAGCUGUGACUGGUGAGCGAUAGUACAUGGAUUAUCUGUGUUUUCGGGCACUGUGCUGUAAAGGACCCCCGCCACCAAGACCAGAGUAUGAUGUGGUGUGCAUUGGCCUGACAGGUGCUGGAAAGACCAGCUUGCUCUCCCGCCUCUGUAGUGAGGGCAGCGACGGCAUUGUUCCUACAACAGGUUUCAGCAUCAAAGCAGUGCCAUUUCCAAAUGCCAUCUUGAAUGUAAAAGAACUAGGAGGAGCCGACAACAUCAAGAAAUACUGGAGUCGUUACUACCAGGGGUCACAGGGUGUAGUCUUUGUACUGGAUAGCGCGUCAUCAGAUGAGGACCUUGAAGCAGCACGUAAUGAGCUCCACUCAGCCCUGCAACACCCACAGCUCUGCACACUGCCUUUCCUCAUCCUUGCCAACCACCAGGACAAGCCUGCUGCAAGGACGCCAAACCAGAUUAAGAAGUACUUUGAGCUGGAACCGCUGGCCCGAGGAAAGCGCUGGAUCCUGGAGGGCAGCACCACCGACAACAUGGAGGCCGUGAAGGAGAGCUUCGGUCAGUUUAUUAGCCUGUUGGAGGACAAAGACACAGAGCCUGCAAGGAUAUGAUGCUAAUGCUGCUAAUGCUGAGAGACAUUAGCGGUUAACAACCACCACAUCCUGCUGGUGCCCAUGCACACACACUCAUGCACAGACACAAACACGUAGAUACAAGAACACGCAGCAGAUGUUGGCCUCUUUCUUUGAGAUAUGUAUUGUAUGUUAUCCUCCCUUCACUGCGGCCCCAUUUUUUUGAAUCGGAAGAGCGUGCACAAGCAAGUACAGCCUUACAGAAGAGAAUCACCGAUAAAGCCACCCAGAGUAAAGCAACUUGUCAAGAAAAAUCAUUGAACCUUGCCAACAAUGGAAAUCUAUAUAAUGUACCACUGUUUGUACCAUCGUGAUUAAUCAAUGGCAUUUGGGAUGUAUGGCUUUCCUUUAGUAUCUUUGGACACUAACACACACACACACACACACACACACACACACACACACACACACACACACACACACACACACACACACACACACACACACACACACACACACACACACACACAGUGGAGCCCAGGUUGUCUGUAGAUAUGUUUAACAUCUCCACUAAUUACUUUGCAGGAUGUUUGGGUGGGCAUGGCUGAUGUUCUUUCCACUGAGAAGUACUGUAUGGCCGUCAAGUGUGCUUCUCCCUUUGACUCGGUAACAACGAUCGACGUUGUGUGAUUGGAGUGCGUAGUCCAAAGCCUCGUGUUAUGUACGGUAGUUACAUAUCGGUGUGUCACACCGUAUCUGAAUAUCUAAUCUGAAUAGUGCAGUCUGAGUAUCUCAUGGAGUAUUAUGUACAUGCAAAUAAGCAUAUUGCCGUGUACCCUCCUGUGCAGCCAUACACAAGUACUACUAAUCGUGUGACUAAGUGCUAGGUGACUUUAUGGAGUACAUUUGGAGAAAGUGGGAACAAGUUUGAAUGCUUUUAUAAAUGUGCAACUUAGGAUAUAUUUUAUAGCUCUGUAUGUUAACCUCGUAGAGCUGCGUUCAGAUUUUUUAUAUGUCAUACAUACAUAAUGUCAUAAUUAUGAAUUCUUUCAAAUCAAAGACCAAAAAGGAGAUAAACUGAUGAUUGACUGGGCUGGAUGUAGCCACAAGGUAGAGUAAUGUAAUGGAUUUAGUUUCUCUUCAUUGUUUAGGAAAUGUCAGGUCUGUUUUUUUUUUUUUUUUUUUUUUUUUUUUUUUUUUAACAGUAUUUCUUUCUUUUUUUUUUUGCAUUUGACAUAAUCCCUCUCAGCAUUGAUUAGUGACUGCAGUCUCCCAUCAGGGUGGAGGAAUACAAACUAUCAAUCAGCCACAGCAACAGCUGCAUCUGACAAGUCCCUGUCCGACACCCUAAUGCCUUCCAACUGUCUGAAGACCCCUCCCUGUCUGCUGUUUAUCGCGUACCCCUGCCCCACCUCAUCCCAGCCCGUCCCGACCAGCACAGCCCCUCCACUCCGGGAGCACAUUACUGCUCGCUGUGCUUUCUGUCCCAGAUGCCAUCUUUCAGCCCGGUCGCCUUCACGUGGAUUCCACACCUCUGAAAUGUAUUCGUUGUGCCACAGGUGUGUGCAGUUGUCUCCAAGAUGUGCUUCAGUAAUGGAUGAUGUUCACACCUCUUCCCCAUGUGCUUUGUAUUUGUUUGUUGUUAUUUUUGAUCAGUAUUUUUGUCAGGUUUUUAAAGAUAUGAUCACUUUUUGUACCUGAUGUGAGAACUGAAUGGAUCAGUGCAUUUUGUUCGCUUGAAUGCAAAAUAAAUUUGUCGACUAGG